AUGGACACCCCGGGUCCCCCCCCGGCCCCGGCUGCGGGCAGCUGCUGGCAGGACCCGCUGGCGGUGGCGGGCACGGCGGGCCGGCCGGUGUGCGGGGCGCGGCGGCGGGCGCUGAGCGUGGUGUGCGUGCUGGGCCGCGAGCCGGCCGCCUGCCCCGCGCUGCGCUGCCUGCGCGACGCCUGCCGCGAGCUGCGGGCCCGCCUGCACACCCUGCCCUUCGGCACCCUGGCGCUGGGCGACACCGGCACGCUGGACCGCUUCUACAACGCGGACGUGGCCGUGGUGGAGCUGAGCGACGCCGUCUGCCAGCCCUCGCUCUUCUACCACCUGGGCGUGCGGGAGAGCUUCAACAUGCCCCACAACGUGCUGCUCUGCUGCCACAGCGCCCUGCCCGGCCUCCAGGCCCUGCAGGAGGACAUCUGCCAGAAGAACUCGGACCUCUGCGGCACCUACACCUUCAUCCCCUACGCCGUGACCGCCCAGAACAAGGUCGUCUGCUGCGACGCCGGGGCCAUGAAGUGCCUGACCGAGCUCUUCCAGCCCAGCUUCAGCGCCGAGCCCUUCUUCACCCCGCUGGCGGCGCGGCUCGUCAGGCUGCUGGAGGGGGUCCCCACCAACUCCUGUGGCUAUUUUCGGGAGACCAUCCGGCGCGACAUCCGCCGGGCGCGGGAGAUGUUCCGGGGCGAGCAGCUGAGCCGGGAGCUGGCCCGCAUCCAGCAGCGCCUGGACAGCGUGGAGCUGCUCAGCCUGGACAUCAUCGUCAACCUCCUCCUCUCCUACCGCGACGUGCAGGAUUACGACUCCAUCAUCUCGCUGGUGGAGACCCUGCGGGCCCUGCCCACCUGCGACGUGGCCGAGCAGCCCAACGUCCGCUUCCACUACGCCUUCGCCCUCAGCCGGCGCAACCGCGCCGGGGACCGGGCGCAGGCUCUGUCGGUGCUGCUGCCUGCGGUGGAGCGCGGGGACGGGGCUGCGCCCGACCUCCUCUGCUUGUGUGGCCGCAUCUACAAGGACACCUUCAUCAGCUCCAGCUUCACCGACACCAGGGCGAGGGACCAAGCCUUAUACUGGUACAGCAAAGCCUUCGAGGUGGAGCCCAGCCUCCACGCGGGCAUCAACGCCGCCGUCCUCCUCGUGGCCGCCGGGCACCAGUUCGAAAGCUCCGUGCGGCUCCAGCAGAUCGGCGUGAAGCUGAGCUGCCUGCAGGGCCGCAAGGGCAGCCUGGAGGAGCUGCGGCACUACUGGGACGUGGGCUUCUGCCUGGGGGCCGGCAUCUUGGCCAACGACCUGAGCAAAGUCAUCCAGGCCUCCGAGAAGCUCUACAAGCUCAACGCGCCCAGCUGGUACCUGGUGUCGGUCAUGGAGACCUUCCUGCUCUACAAACACUUCCAGAAGAGCCCUCCGGUGCCGUCGGCACGGCAGGAGCUGGCUGAUUUCUGGCUGGCUUUCCUCCUCGCCGCGUGCCAGCCCUUCGUCCCCGCGCCGCGCUGCCCGGUCCUCGUCCUGGAGCUCGGCAAGGUGCUGUGGCCGGCCCGGCUGGCGGUGCGCAGCGCCACGGAGGAGCACGCCGUGACGCUCGCCCUCGUGCGCCCCACGGAGGAGAAAGCGGUGUCCAGCUGGAACUUCGGGGCUGCGGCCAUCCGGGGGGUGAGCAUCUGCAAGUGCGACGAGCGGGGCUGCUUCCUCUACGUGGUGCACGCCGAGGAGGAUUUCCAGCUCUAUUUCCCCUCCCAGCAGCACUGCCAGUGGUUCUGCGACCGGGUCCAAUCCUUCCUCGCCGAGCAGGCGGCGGGCGGCGAGGAGCUGCCCAGCCCCACGCAGCCCAUCCUGGAGUACAGCUACGAGUACUCGGAGACGGGCGAGCGGGUGGUCCUGGGCAGGGGCACCUACGGCGUCGUCUACGCCGGGCGCUGCCUCAGCACCCAAGUGCGCAUCGCCAUCAAGGAAAUCCCCGAGCGGGACAGCCGGUUCUCGCAGCCCUUGCACGAGGAGAUCGCCUUGCACAAGCGGCUGCGGCACAGGAACAUCGUGCGCUACCUGGGCUCCGUCAGCCAGGACGGCUUCAUCAAGAUCUUCAUGGAGGAGGUGCCCGGAGGGAGCCUCUCGUCCCUGCUGUGCUCCAAGUGGGGCCCCCUGAAGGACAACGAGCCCACCAUCGUCUUCUACACCCGCCAGAUCCUCGACGGGCUCGGCUACCUCCACGACAACCACAUCGUGCACCGAGACAUCAAGGGAGACAACGUCCUCAUCAACACCUACAGCGGGGUGCUGAAGAUCUCCGACUUCGGCACCUCCAAGAGGCUGGCGGGCAUCAGCCCCAGCGCCGAGACCUUCACAGGCACCCUGCAGUACAUGGCCCCCGAAAUCAUCGACCAGGGGCCGGGGGGCUACGGGAAGCCGGCGGAUAUCUGGUCCCUGGGCUGCACCAUCAUCGAGAUGGCCACGGGCAAACCCCCCUUCUACGAGCUGGGCAGCCCCCAGGCGGCGAUGUUCAAGGUAGGGAUGUUCAAGAUGCACCCGGAGGUGCCCGAGUCCAUGUCGGACAAGGCCAAGACUUUCAUCCUUCGCUGCUUCGAGGCCGACCCGGCCAAGCGGGCCACGGCGGCCGCGUUGCUGCAGGAUCCGUUCCUGGCCAGCGCCAGGCGUGCCCGGGGCCAGGCGGUGCCUGCAGCAGGGGAUUCCCCCCGCCUGGAGCGCCGGGACGGGGACGCGGAGGGCACCGAUGGCACCAGGGGAAGUUCCUCGGCCAGGCAGGGGGACACGGUGGGGGGCACGGGGGGCAGCCCCCCGCUUCCACACUGCCCCAGUGAGGCAGCCCCCAGCUACAGCACUCCCCAGGGCUCGGCCGGCUCCGACCGCAGCCUGCGCUCGUCCUCGCCGGAGGAGAGCGGCGACCGCUUCGUGCUGCGGCAGGACAGCAAGCGCCGCGCCACGCUGCACCGCAUCCUCACCGACGAGGCACCCGGCAUCGCGGCCGCCCUGCAGGAGAGCCAGAGCGCAUCGGGGACACGGCUGGGCUCGGAGCACGUCGCCCUGCUGCUGGGCUGCCUGCGGAGCUACAUCCAGCGCCCCGCGCGGCACCAGCUGCGCCGCGACCUCCUGGCGCUGCAGGCGCGGCUGCGGGAGGACGGGCUCAGCCUGCCCCACCUGCGGGCUCCGCUCCUCAACUUCCAGGCAGUGGUGAGUGCCUCGGAUACGGCGUGGUGCCGGCGGCACUCCGGCACGGCGGUGGUGUGGGGUCGGCAACGGUUUGGGGUCGGCGAUGGUUUGGUGGUGGUGAUGGUUUGGGGUCAAGGACGAUCCCACGCCACCCAGGCUCUCCGUCCCCAGCAGCCAGACCCCAUGGGACAGCACCAAUUCGGGGCUCAGCACCGGCCCCGGCCUCGGGGAGGGGGGCUCAGCACUGGUGACACAGCUCUGCCGCCUCCGCACGGAGACGGACAGGUAGGGCUUGGCACAUCCCUGUGCCCCCCCCGGGCCACCCCGUCCCCCCAGGAGCCGGUCUGUGUCCCUGCUCUCCCCCCCAGGUUGCUCCAGGAGCUGGCCAAGAAGGAGCAGGAAUGGCAGCAGCUGGUGCAGCAGGCACUUCGCUCCGGGGUCGGGGACGCCACGGUCCCCAGCCGCCCCCAGCAACACGGUGAGCCCAGCGAGGCCACCACGGGGCAGGGUCCCUUGUCCCCGUCCCCUGAGCCCAGCCCCUGUGGCCAGGCCGACCCCCUCCUCCUCGAGUGGCUGCAGCAGCACGGCACGGACCCCGCCACCACGGCCACGCUCCUGUCCCACGGCUUCACCCUGCGGGACCUGCUGGGCAGCGCCACCCGCGACGACCUCUUCUACACGGGCAUCAGGCGCGGGCCGGCGUACCGCCUGUGGGCAGCCGUCCUGGAGCAGCGCCGCGCGCUUGGCAAGGGGGAAGCGGAGCGAGCCCCGGCCCCAGGGACGCGAGGUGGCUCUGGGGACACAGCCGCCACCUCGCCGCCUCCUGUGCCACCACGGGGACGGGCAGGAAGGACAACAGCGGGGACAUCCAGCGCCGUACAGCAUGGAGAAGCCAGGCUGAGGCGCUCGGAGCAAUAAACAGCCACCAGCC